CCCCCCUCCUUCCUGCUUGACAAGCAUGCGCAAGAAGAAGUGGGUAGUUUGUUGACUUUCAACUGCUUCUCUCUCUUUCUCUCCCGGGGCGCGUCGAGUGGGUCGCAGCUCCCUUUUCAGGACCUGCAGCACGGUGCAACCAAAUCCCCCCACCCCUCUACACGCACUUUUUUUUUUCUUUCACUCUUCAAAGCGCACUGCAGCAAAGAGACGCGGGGACCUCACGCCGGUGACGCGAUGCAGCUUCAACCCCUCCGAAUCGUUGCACUCCUCGGUGUACUUUGUCAUUUCUCUCUGGCCUUUCCUACUCGGUUCCCGUUGGCCCAAGACGAUGCCCAGACGCCUCUCCGGGUGAACAUUUCCCACUCGGGUGUCCUUUACGCCCCGCUAGGCCAAGCCAUCAUCAUCCCCUGCUCGGCGUCCUCGUCGCCUCUCAUGCUGCCGCGGGUCAAGUGGACACUGAUGUCCGGCAGGACCGAGACGCAAAUCUUGGUGGCGCGGGGCGGCAGGGUGAAAGUCAACGAGGCAUACAGAGGCCGUGCCGAUUUGCUCAACUACCGCUCCUCGCCCGAAGAUUUGUCACUAUGGCUGUUGGAAACGCGCUCCAGUGACUCGGGGCACUAUCGCUGCGAGGUGCAGCAAGGCCUGGAGGAUACCAGCGACAUUGUCCAACUCAAGGUCAAAGGUGUGGUAUUUCACUACCGGGAUGCCAUGGGUCGAUAUGCACUUAACUUCCAUCAGGCCAAGAGGGCUUGCGAGACCGUCGGGGCCCAAAUGGCGACUCUUAGCCAGCUUCGGGCGGCUUACUUUGAUGGCUACGAGCAAUGCGACGCAGGCUGGCUAGAAGACCAGACUGUCAGGUACCCAAUCCAAACACCUCGUGAACCUUGCUAUGGAGACAUGGAUGGGGAACCAGGAGUGAGAAACUACGGGAUGAUGAAUCCACAGGAUCAGUUUGACGUCUAUUGCUACGUGGAGGAAAUGCAUGGGGAGGUGUUCCACGACCCCGUCCCACAGCAGUUGUCCUUCCAAGGGGCCCGCUCACACUGCAGGGCUGCGAGAGCUCAGCUGGCCUCGGCGGCGCAACUUUACCUGGCCUGGAGCGAAGGUCUGGACAACUGCAGCCCCGGCUGGCUUUCUGACGGCAGCGUGCGCUACCCCAUCAGGACCCCCAGAGAGCGUUGCGGAGGCCGCCAGGCCGGUGUCAAGACUGUGUAUCGCUUCAUCAACCAAACGGUCUUCCCAGAGCCGUCCAGCUUGUACGACGUUUAUUGUUUCCGAGGCAGUGGAACAACACCGACUGACUCCGCCAUGGACAUCACAAGCACUCCCGAGCCGAGCACCGUUGAACAAGAAGUUGUCAUCUUAAUGGACGAAGACAAAGAAUUUCCACUCGGGCAAAGUUCAGAACAAAUUGAGCGGGAGGUUCAGAGUUUUCUCGAAACCAUCCCCCUUUUCUCGGGCCCUCCCACGAAUGGAAGCGCGGUUGAAGAGCAGCCGAGGUUUCUGUCCAAUACAACAGAGCCUCCUUUGACCACCACGGACGCUUCAGAGAACCUGAGACCUUUUGACAGAACGUCCUCUUCUCCAGAAGACAAAGAUGCCUCUGGACAUACGAUAGCACUAAAUAACACUAUUCAAAGCACCCAAAUGUACUAUUCUCCUCAAAACGUUUCAUUCCAGUCCACAUUUGACAACAGCCAAGAUCCAUAUCAGAACUUUACUGACCAGCUAUCCGAAUUAGAAAGCACAACGAGUCUCCAAGAUGUUAACGCCACCCAGACCCCGAACUUGACAGACAGCAUCUCCAAAGAGAGCACGCAGUCAUUUGAGAAAGUGAAAUUGCUGCAGGAUUUGGAUUUGAACAGUAUGCACACCGAGAGUUAUGAAUAUGAGGCUAAAGAGGAGAUUCUAGAAACUCCUCCCGUAACUCUGGACCCCAAGGAGAAAGAAGAGCCUGCAACAACAACCGAAACCCCUGCGGAUCUCUCCUCAUUGUUGAUCCCCGUGAGCGGGUCAGGCGAUACUUCUCAAGAAAGUCGUCAGGAAGUCGCCGUUUUCAAGUUCAUCCCCAAGUCAGGGUCCAGCACCCACCAGACACCUUCUGCCUCAACCAGCCACGCUCCUCCUGAGUCUUUGCCAACCACCCAAGAUCCGACCACCCUGCCCGGAUCAAAGCACCCUCCCGGUCUUGGCUCCGACUAUCUCUCGACACCAUCACACUUGAAGGAAUCUGUUUCCAUGCAGGAGGGAAGCACCAGUUUGGAAAUUGGCGACAGCAUGGAAAGUGAUGAAAAACAGCUGCUUCCAACAACGUCUACCCGUUUUAGUGUCAGUUCGCCCACCACCGAAGCUCCCGAGAUGUCCUCCGAGGUGCCGACAGAUUCAAUGACAGCACUGUAUCAACCAUCAGGUAAUGCAGUACUCUUUGACAGCGCCACCGUGAGCUAUGAGGAGACAAGUGGACUCGAACCCGAUGUAGUUCCUGAACUGACGAAAGGGCACAUCGCUUUUAACCCAACUACCGAACCGAAGACUGAUGAAGAUACCACUGAAGAUCAAGUUAUUGUUUCCAAAGGUUUUGCACGGAAUUUGUCACCCAGCGGUAAUGUUGGCGGGGAAACACAUGAAGUUACAAUUCUCGAAGAAACAGUUAAAGUUACCCCAAAUCCCAAAGACGGAGCCCAAGUCACAACAACAACAUUUGAGCAGGAGGCGGUAACGAAGCUUAACCCAAUAGCGCGACCUCCCAUCCCAUUCACAAUCGAGGAAGAGAUUAAAGCUACGCUCAAACCAGACAUAGCGAUAUUUGAAGAGGAGGCUACGGCAUCAGUACCACCUCAGGAAACUAAAGUUACAACAACAAUUCAAGAGGAGGCCAAAGAUACUGUUACCCAAAAAGGAUUAUCUACAGUUACAAUGUUAUCUGAAGCUGAAGCGACGCUAACCCCAAAACAUGAAAAUAAAGAGAUAGAAGUAUUUAAAGAAGACUCCAAAGCUAUUGUAAUCCCAAAAGAAGGCUCUACUGUGACACAGAUGUUCGAAGAGGAUAAAGCGCCACAAAACUCAGAAGGAUCUGCACUAAAGCCAAUAUUAGAAGAGCCUCAAGUCACGCUAAGCCCAAAAGACCAAACGGAAGUUAUACCAAUCUUUAAAGACGACGCCAAAGGUGCAGUAACCCAAAAAGAAGGACCAACAUUAAUGCAGAUGUUUGAAUUCGAGGCUACGCUCAACCCCGAAGAAUCAACGACUGUUCCGCCAACAUUUGAAGAAGAGGCUGAAGCUAUGACAAACCUUGAUAAGGGAAGUCAAAAAUUGAACAAAGAAGCCACGCCAACCCCAAAAGAAGGACCUACAGUCACACAGAUGUUUGAAAUUGACGCUAAAGCUACAUUGAGCCCUGAAGAAUCAACUGCUCUCAUUCCAAUAUUUGAAGAAGAGGCCAAAUCUAUGCCAAACGUUGAAAAAGUAGCUCAAAGAUUUGACGAGACUUCUACCAUCGCCCGAAGCUUCGACAGAGAUUCAACAACACCGGCCGAGCACGAACAGGCAGCAGGAAUAUUUGAAAAAGAAGCUAAAAUCACCUCGAUCUUUGCAGAAAAUGUUACUCUACCCUUUCAAGAGGAAGUAAACACACUCUUUGAGGCGGAAGCUCAAGAAACUACGACAGCGCUUGACGACAGCACUUCCACCGGCCUGGCAUUUGAUGAGGAGAUCACCGUAUUACCGUACAAUUCCGAGGCGUCCCACUGGGCUCUGCUGACUACCACCACCGGACCGCAAGAGUCUCUGAAGGAUUUGGAGAUCAGCACCAAAUCCUCGUCCGUCUCUUCCACGGUUCGGGCAACCACAUGGCGGUCAAAGCGCACCUGGAGUCCGCCGACCGCUGCCUCUCCCGACGUCUUCCGAGGGACAUCUGAGACCCGGACGUCGACGACCCUUGAACGGGACGACAACCCCACCCAGGUUCCCACCGACCACGUUUUGCCCAACGAGAAGGCGGCGGCGGCGGCAGCGGCCGCCGGUAAAGUCAAAGUCGCAGAUGUUUGCUUUAAAGAACCAUGCCUCAAUGGUGGCACUUGCACGGAGCGAGAGGGCCAGAUUCUGUGUCUUUGCUUACCCACCUAUGGGGGAGAUCUGUGUGAGCAGGAUCUGGAGAGCUGCGAACCAGGCUGGGACAAGUUCCACGGCUUCUGCUACCGACACUUCAGCCAGCGUCUGAGCUGGGAGGUGGCCGAGCAGCACUGCCGCGUGCAAGGUGCCCAUCUGGCCUCCAUCAUGACCCCCGAGGAGCAGGCCUACAUUAACAGCAACUACAAAGAGUAUCAGUGGACGGGCUUGAACGAUAAGACCAUCGAGAUGGAUUUCAGGUGGUCUGACGGCAAUCCGUUGUUGUACGAGAACUGGUACCGAGGGCAGCCUGACAGCUACUUCCUGUCCGGUGAGGACUGCGUGGUGAUGGUGUGGCAUGACGACGGCCGCUGGAGCGACGUGCCCUGCAACUACCACCUGGCCUACACCUGCAAGAAAGGCACAUCAUCAUGCGGCCCACCGCCGAAGGUCCGCAAUGCCUCCAUCUUCGGGAAGCCUCGGCAACGCUACGAGACAGACAGCGUGGUGCGUUAUCACUGCUCUCAGGGGUUCCAGCAGAGACUCAAUCCACUGAUCCGCUGUCGGUCUGGGGGCAGCUGGGAGAGGCCUCAAAUUCAGUGCAUCCCAGAGCAUGGAGGUCUAAACCUUGACGCUGAAAUUAUGUCAUCGACGGAUGGCAACUUGGCCGCCUUUCACGACGGUUUUGAAACCACCACAGAGACGCCACUUUACUGGGACAUCAAGUUUUAAAAGCACCACUCGGCUUACCGUACAAACCACAUUCUGCUGUCCUCCCUUGACAAGGUGAAAAAUGUGCUUUUACCGAUUAAUGUUACUCACGUGUCAAACUGUUUGAUUCCUUUUGUUAUACACAUUGCAGAAUGGUGCUAAUACAUCAGUAUUGCAUACCCAACGUGCUCAUGUUUUCUGUCUGUCCAUAUCAAAAGUGUAAAGUAACAUACCCGCUUUUUCAGAACAAUCCUGCGCACAUUUUUUGGAGACACAGUUUUGUUCGUCAGCUUUAUGUUGUAAUAAAGUUUUGUAGAACAGAGCAAAGAAUAAAUGGUUCUCUUCUUCCAA